UAGCCAUGUGUUUGUGGUAAAAAAUAUCUCAUCACAAUUCAAGUUUGAUACGCCUUGGAAAAUCACCAGCAGCUUUUAACAGUUCACUGCUUACAUCCCAGAUACGGAGGUUGUUAACUUUUACAGUCUUGCUUGUCAUUGUUUGAAUCUUAUACGUUGGACUCGGUCGGUGUUUGAUUAAUACUGAGACGAUACUUGGGAAAAGAAUUGAAGCCGCUGCAUUAUUUAGGGCUGUGACCAUUUCUCGAUUCUUGGCAGCUGACGGAGAGAAUACUACCGUGCCUUCUGGCAAGAGCCGAACAAAAUGCAGCGCAUGCCAAAGCAAUGCUCUUUCUGCCUUAAUGCGGCCGGCAGUCCCAGCUAUGCAGCCUGCUUUGGAUGUUAAACCAUUUCUUCCAUUUCCACUGGACACUGCUGCUGCGGUCAGCCUUUUCCCGAAUUUUAAUGCGAUGGACCCAGUUCAGAAAGCAGUGAUAAAUCACACGUUUGGGGUUCCUCUUCCUCCAAGAAGAAAACAAGUAAUUUCAUGCAACAUCUGCCAGCUGAGGUUUAAUUCUGAUCAUUCCCAACACCACACUCGCAACUUAAGAACUUGCAAGAAACUUUCAGAAGAAAAGAGCCAAGCCGGGGCACACUACAAAGGCACUAAACAUGCCAAGAAGCUCAAAGCACUGGAGGCCAUGAAAAAUAAGCAGAAAACUGUUACUCCCAAGGACAGCGUAAAGACCACCUUCACAUCCAUCACAACCACCACCAUCACUGCCAGCUCUGAGAAAGCAGAGAGUACUCAAGGGACAGCAACAAUAUCAAAAGUGACAACGGUGGCAGCAAGUGAUAGUGUGACAACAGAAACUACCCCAACUACCCCUGGGGCAGAGAAGUCUUUCACGUCAAGUAGCUGCAACACAUCGCUUCCCAAGGAGACAGAAGAAGAAAAGGCAAAACGGCUGCUGUACUGUUCUCUGUGCAAGGUGGCUGUCAAUUCAGCCUCACAAUUGGAAGCACACAACAGUGGAUCUAAGCACAAAACAAUGCUGGAAGCUCAAAAUGGUGGGGGCCCCAUUAAAGCAUUCCCCAGACCGGGCGUUAAAGGCAAAGUAUCCACUAACAAGGGAAUUACUACUGGUCUGCAGAAUAAGACAUUUCACUGUGAAAUCUGUGAUGUGCAUGUCAAUUCUGAAACACAACUAAAACAGCACAUAAGCAGUCGAAGACACAAGGACCGAGCUGCAGGAAAACCUCCUAAACCUAAAUACAGCCCGUACAACAAACUCCAACGGGGUACCAAUGCACUUGCGGUAAGCGCAUGCAUGAUCAACACAGCUCAGGCACUUAUACCAAAACUCAUAAUGGGAAAGGUAAAACUGGCAUUUCAGAAGGAAUUUGCGAAGCCACUGACAGCUCGGAUUUUACCCAACCCUCUGGCUGCUGCUGCUGCUGCUGCUGCCGCCGUGGCUGCAAAUUCACAGUUCACUUUGCGCCCUAGCCCGGCAGCCACCUUUUUCCAAACAGCAGGCCUCCCUCCAGCCCUCCUCCGACCAGCACCUGGACCUAUACGAGCAACACACACCCCAGUCCUAUUCGCUCCUUACUGAACUGCCUCUGUGCAGGAAUGAACAUGACCAAACUGAAAAUAAUAAUAAAGUACUGCAAUAAUUCAAACAGGGAACUAUGCAGUGAUAAUCAUGGAAACAGACGGUGUUCGAAGAAACUAAGACUGCUUCUGCUGUAAUAUAGACUGAACUUUGAACGGCUGCUCCUUUGUCCAGUAAGAAGAACUAAAGCAAUCCUCCCUUAAGGAAAUUAUUACAAUCAUUAUCUGAGUAGUUUUGUUUUGUGUGUUGUAGAAAUGUACAGGGGCUGCAAGAUAUCCAUAAAAUCAGCCUUUCUACGCAGUAUUUUCAUGUAAUGUUUUCAUGUUUUGUGAAUAGUCUGUAAAUGUGCGUAAGGGCAUUAACCUAAAGUCUAUGUACAUUAAUCUCUUCCUGUACAAUGAAAACACACACACACACAAUGGGACACUGUGACUAUUGUCUUCAUUACCUGUCAUCACAGUUGCGCAGUCUGCCUCGGUGUAUCUACCCAACUAUAGGGUUGUAAACGGUGUCUUGUGAACCUGUUGCUUUAGCGCUGUGUAUCUCUAUUGUAAUAGUUUGUCAAAUAUUAUUUGCAAAUAUUAGAAGGAACGAAAUUGCAGAUGACACAAGCUUGGCUUUUGAGCAUCUCAGCGAAUUGUGUGUUCGGGAGGCUAUGUGACGGCUUUUACGAAGCUCACUCUUCUGUGUUUCUUUCUAACUUGAGAUAAAACCAGGUAUUAAACUGAAUUAAGAUGUACUGAAACUACAAUAACCACACACCUUCACGUGCAGCUCAAUUAUGCAUUUUAUAACGUAGCAUCCUUAAAUGUAAUUUUUCAUGAUAACUUUAUCAAUUUUAACUGUUUUACUUUUUAAGGUUUACCACAGCACAACUGAAUUCAUGUUUCCCCAAGCUGUUGCACUGCAUGAAACACAAUGAAAGUUUUCUUUUUGCCCCCAUGUUGACUUUUCAGUCGUAUUUUAUAUCAUGUUUACAUCCUCUGUUGUACUACAAACUACAAAUGGUUGGAUGAGUUCCAGCACUACAAUGCCAUUUCUAGAUCUUCCUUGUGCGUAACAAUGAAGCUUUUAAUGUCCUCUAGGAUAAUUCCUAAAAAAAAGAUCUGUGUUGUUACUAUGGCUGCCAUUUAUUUGUUUAGUGUUUGUCUGGGCAUUGAGUUUACACUGCAGCCUUGUAGGGUAUUUUUCAAAGAAAAACCUUUGCUAAUUGAUUUGUCGUGUUGGCUUUAACUUUCUCCCAUAAUGUCCCAUUCCUGCCUUUAUAGACCUACACUAUAAAUGUUCACAGCACAAUAAAAUUAGGGAAACAUUUUGUACAUUUUAACCGUUAAAGUCCGCGGGAUUAAUGCAGACUAUUAGUAGUUUAGCCAAGUCUAAAUUGUGAUGAGGAAAUGAAUUUUCCAUGUAAUUUCAAUAAAAGCUUUCCAAACCCUGUAUGUUUUAUUAGUGAUCACCAAGAUCAAUACCAGAAUAUGGAACUAAUAGCUCAGGACAAAAAACGUCAAAGGUAAUGUAAAAAGAAUUGUUGAAAUAGAAAAUAGUUUGUUAAUAAAGCAAGUAUUAGAAUUAACAUUAUAUAUAUCAUAAUUGCGUUUAUUAUAAUUUUG